GAGCGCUUCCCCGUGUCUCGCGCUUCUUCAUUCAUACCGGGAUUCCGCUCGAGAAGGGAGUAUAACAGUCGCGCGCUUUCUCAGUGAGGAGAGAGUUUAUUUAAGAAGUUAAAAGUUUAACUUGCACUCGUUCGGGUUGGAGAAGAAAGAAGUUGUCAUUGUUUAUUCGACUCGGUCGCCUGCUGCCUAAAGUUUAGUUAAAGGAGAGACAAUAACUCGAGUUGUUUUUCCUCCGGUCAGUGUUCAGAUCGUUGAUGGUUUCUACUCUUGCUCUUUUACGUUUGGCUGUUUUCGUAUUCGCAGAAAAACACGGGGUCGUUUGUAUUUUCGUCGAAUUAGCCUUUCCUUUUGUGUUUCUGAUAUUUUUGUGGAUUAAGUUUUUGCCACGUUAACUUGCGUUUACCGUGGAAACUUCUCCGCUGCUGGGUUUUGUGAUUUUUAUUCGUGGUUUUCACAGGUGAGGAGUUUUGAACAACGGCUUGCAGUCUUAAAUUAGUGUUAACCCAACUUCAAUGUUCUUUAUCCUCUACUCAUAAAGAUCGUGUUGAAACAUUUGAAACGGGGUUUUCGCUUCAAACAUGGAUAAGUACGACGAUUUGGGACUCGAGGCGAGUAAAUUCAUUGAGGAUUUGAACAUGUACGAAGCAUCGAAGGACGGCUUGUUUCGCGUGAGGAGAGAUGCAGAAAAUAACCCGGAUUUUGAAGAAACUAGGAAAGUUUUUGCCUCUAAGAUGACCAAAAUACAUAUGCAAAAGCAGCAAGAGGAGAUGGCAAAAAGCAGUCUGGCAGCAAGGAUCAAUGGUGGUCAUGCAAAAGUGUCAGAGAGCUCCAAAGACAGACCGCCCAUCAGUAGUUACAGACUGGGGAGUGAAGCAGCAGCCAAACCACCCAUCAUGUCUGGACCGAUGACUGGCAAUGCCAGUGUGAAUCCGUAUAUAUAUCAUGAAGGACAGAGACAUCAUCCAAGCAAUCUACAUGAUGGAUUUAGCAGCAGGGGUUUUGUAAACAGUUAUGACAGUAAGGACACUGGGAAUCAUAUUAACUCAAUACCAGUUCCUCCCCGGGCAGGGCCCUCCACAAGCCCUACUGGCACAUGGGUGUCAAAGAGUGAUUACACUUCUCAGGCUCCAUCAUCGCCUCUCUUUAGUAGUUGCUCCUCUGGUAGUUCACCCGGAGUGAGUCAAAAUCAUGACGGCACUUCUCCGUUGUGCCAGGGCCUACCUCAAACUCUUGGCACAUCAGGGAAGUCUCCUUCCCAGUCACCCACAGGAACCUACAGGGCUCCAGGGGACUUGAAUCACAAGCCUCAACAAAUUAGCUCUGGUCAGCAGUGCCAACCCAUUGCUGCCCAGUGGUCUGCCACUGGCCCGCAAAACGGGGUACUUCAUAACACUGGCACCUCAACCCCCUCACUCGUGCAGAUGAACCCACCUCCACUAAUCCCUUGCUUCCCAGCUGAGACACCCCAACCCAAAAGCAUCGCCACAGGUCAGAGCCAGGUAAGGCCGACCACAAGUGCUCCGACACCGUCGGCUACCAUACAGUCUUCCCUUGAUGAAUCCUCUAGCCCCUCUCGGGCACUCAAGCUGCCAUGCCAGACCCUCCAUAUGCAGACAGAUCAGGGGCCAUCUGUGGCUGAAAUAAAAUUAGAAGCUCUAACUGAACGCCUGGAAAAGGAGAUGGACGUCCAGCCAAAGGCUGAGUACUUUGGCAGUUGUGUGAAGUGCAGUAAGGCUGUUUAUGGAGCCAGUCAGGCGUGUCAGGCCAUGGGCAGCUUGUACCAUGACAGUUGCUUCACCUGUAGUGCUUGUUGUCGAAGGCUCCGGGGAAAAGCUUUUUACUACGUCUGUGGGAAAGUGUUUUGUGAAGAGGACUUCCUGUAUUCUGGGUUCCAGCAGUCUGCUGAUAAAUGUAAUGUGUGUGGACAUUUAAUCAUGGAUAUGAUCCUGCAGGCGCUGGGGAAGUCUUACCACCCAGGUUGUUUCCGCUGUGCCAUCUGUAAUGAGAGUUUGGAUGGUGUGCCUUUCACUGUGGACACAGAGAACAAGAUCUACUGUGUCAAGGACUACCACAGAGUUCUUGCACCCAAAUGUGCAGCAUGUCAUCAGCCAAUUCUGCCCUCUGAGGGGUCAGAUGAAACUAUUCGAGUAGUCUCAAUGGACAAGGACUACCAUGUAGAGUGCUAUCACUGCGAAGAUUGUCAUAUGGAGCUGAACGAUGAGGAGGGUCACCGCUGCUAUCCUCUUGAUGGACAUUUACUCUGUCACGCCUGUCACCUUAAACACAAGGACCUUGCAUCCCCUCAGUCUGCUGUAAACCACCACCACCACAGUCAGUUUUAAAGAUCUGACUCCCUCUUGUGGCUAUUCAGAGACAUCAUCAUUACCAAAGUUACUCAAUUACAUUACCAAAAAUGACUUAAAUUAAAGGCGCACGUGUGAGACACAUUAUUUUAUAUAUUGCGAUUCUGAAUUGUUUAGAAGCUUCCUGUUUUGUGUUUAUUAGACAUUUUUGUAGACUGGAUUCAAAAGGAAAUAAUUUACGAUACAUUGUUCACUGUUACAUUCGUAAAUCCUUAUGUGAUCCUUUAAAUAUUUGUUUUGACAGCUCACAAUUCUCAAACAGAGUUCUGUUUAAAGCAAUAAAUUAGAAUUGUUGAGCUUUUGUGUAUGGGCACACUGAAAUGCCUUGCAUGAAUGAUUGUGCCCGUGAGAGUUUGCUUAUCUUUUGAUUAAGGUAGAAUGUCUUUGCCAGGUUUGAUGUGUCCAGGAAUUGAAUGCGUUCCUAAACAUGUUUGCAGGUGAAGAAGAAUAUUUUCUUAAGGGCCUUGUACUACUUCAACAUAGCUCACUUACAAAUAUUGGUAAAGACCUAUUAAAUUAUUUAUUUACCUGUUUGAUUUAUGUGCGUUCUCAGAUGUAUUAAUCUCUUUCAGUAUUAUGUAUUUAUCUAUCUGCUCCUAUUAAAAAGAAGUAUGGGAGGUAUUCUGUGUUAUGCUAAUGAUGCCUUAAAAUUGUUGUCAUCAAGUUUAAUACAAAUCAUGAAUAAGUUUGAUAGUUUUUCUCUUUCUGUACAAGCUGCACAGUUUUCAGAUGAUUCAGUAAAUCAGAUUAUUGCAGUCAAUUGCUCCGCUCACUUUAGCUUGAUGCUGUUUUCUGUCAGUAGUCAGGUAUUUUGAGCCGGUUUAGCUCUGUAUAUUUCUGGAGUAACUCCGAAUUUAGUAGUUUGCUAUAACUUCUUUUAUAGCAUGCACUGAGCAAUAUAUGUUAAGUGCUUCAGAGUCACUUUAUUUUCAUAUUCAAAUAAAGUGUGAACACCCAGCUUCCCAGUUUUUAUUUUUAUUACGGAUUUAUAUUAUUUCAUUAUUUUUAUAUGAUUAUGAUUAACUUCCUGUGUGUAAAUUGUUACAUAAUCACAUGUCGACAUGUUUAUAUAGCGCUUUUUAUAUACAAUGUUUCAUUGCUUUAAAGCAGCUUUACAAGAAAGACAAAGAAGAAACACUUGGAAAUUAUGAAAUAUAGAGUAUUUAAUAGAAUAAAUAGUAUUAUUGCAAA